AUUGUCCUGCGGGCCUUGUCUUUUUCCUUCUUGUCUCAUCUUCGUCAUGGUCAAGGGGUCCUUCAUUACCCCCUUCUUGCUCGGGAGCAAGUCUAGCGACUCAACAACAGAAGACCAGCCCCAGUCCGUGAACUCUUCUAGGAUGUCGGCGUCGAGAUUCCCCUCGCUGCGCAGACUCGAGACAUCGUCCUCCGACAUGUGCAACAUGGCCAGCCGACCGACAAGUCUGCCCGUCAAGCUGAAGUCCGAUUACGACGCGCCAGCAAAAUCGUCGUCGAGCAGCUCGAACACCCUCCUCCAUCUCAAGUUCUCCGGACCAUCCUUCCUCGAUGUAGUAGCCAAAGACAGAGAAAACAAGGAGCCGAUGUACAUCAUUGAAACCGUGCGCGACAUUACGACUGUCUACCGACUCGAUCACAGGACCAAGGAAGCUAUCCCUGCGUCUAGCGUACAGUGGCCGCAGACCAUUGUCAAGGGCAAGACGUCGGGAAGGACAGUACAGAUAGGAAAUGGUAGAUGGCGAGACACGGAGGACUUUUUAAAGUUUGGGACACUGGCAAACUUCGCGUAAGUAUC